GGUGUAGGAUGCGGAGUCUGCCUCUGACGCUGUGCGCGUGUCUCCUCAGUGAAGCAUCUGUUUCCCAAAGAGGACAGUCCGUCUCGCUCUCCCUCUCGCUAGAGGGGUUUUGUGAUCCACACCAAUGAAAUAACAGCAGAUAAACACUGCCUGUGGUGAAAACAGCAGGAUGAACAUGGAUAUGUGAAACAGCUGACAUUUGCGAGCUAUAACGACUUUCAGUUCGGUUCCCUGCGGUGAUCGCUGCGUCGCCUCUGUGCAGUCAACCGUGUCGUAAGGUCCCUCCACACACGAACGUGUCCUUGGAGUGAAUGAGAAGGAUUGCACACUGAAAGUGCUCUCGGGUCCCCUCCCUGAAGAACCUUCAGCAUUUCUGCUUCAGUUAUCAUCAAGAUGUUGACAAUGAUAUCUUCAUCAUGGUGAUGAAGAUGACGCUGAUGGAGAUGUACUGCAGGCCCUGCAGAAGUGAGGUGAAGUAAACAAGUGAAAGCAUACAGAAAGAAAAAAGAAGAGAAGAAAAGAGAGAAUGCUUGUGAAAUGUGAACAGCAACCUUGUGAGUUCCUCCCACUGAUCUACAUUUGCAUGAGCACAGGAGGAACACUUUUAAGUUGAACCUACAGUGUGAAGAAAAGAUUAAAAGAUCAAAGAGGACAACACAGAAAUUCUCCAUGUUUAACAUGGAUGCGAUGACUGUCCUGGAGGUUGGACCAUGCUCCCAUUUCACCUGCGGCAUCUGAGGAGAUCUUUCACUUCUCAUCUCUGUGGGCGGAACAAGUGGAACAAGAUCCCCCUUCAUCCCCUGCCUCCUGCCCUCCCAUAGCCCCUGUCACCCCCCCCCCCCCCCCCCCACCCAACCCACCCGCUGAAAGCCCUGGGACACCGCCCAAGCAGCUCUCCACCGCUGGUGCCGUUAUCAGUGACUCCAGCUCCGCUCAGCUCAUCACUGCCCCCUAGUGGUGCCUCCAGAGGAAGAGGAAGUGUCUGUUUCUGAGACCCUGGUGCUGGAGGGGGGUGGCUAAGGGGGGGAGCUCAGACUGGCUCAAGCACUCCCCCCUGCUCCGAUGAUGGGGACCCCCCGCGGUGUGGGGCCCUUGUUGGGGGGCUUCGGCUCCACCACAGCCUCGCUGGACGUUGCCGAGUGGAUAGCGGCGUGGCCCGGUAACGCCUCGACCAUUACACUCCUAAAUCAGACCGGCGCCGUCUGGACCGAGCGCAGUGCCAAUAUGUCACAAUACCCGGCCGGACCCGACGACGGGGUCGAUGCCCACGGUGAGCCGGUGGCGAUGAAGGCAAAGAACUGGCCGGCGCUUCUCAUCCUCAUCAUCAUCUUCCUCACCAUCGGUGGCAACAUCCUGGUGAUCAUGGCUGUGUCGAUGGAGAAGAAGCUGCAGAACGCCACCAACUUCUUCCUGCGCUCGCUGGCUGUGGCCGACAUGCUGGUGGGCAUCCUGGUCAUGCCCAUCUCACUCAUCAACAUCCUCUAUGACUACGUGUGGCCUCUACGUAACGAGCUGUGUCCCAUCUGGAUCUACUUGGACGUGCUUUUCUCCACGGCGUCCAUCAUGCACCUGUGCGCUAUCUCGCUUGACCGCUACGUGGCCAUACGCAACCCCAUCGAGCACAGCCGCUUCAACUCCCGCACCAAGGCCAUGAUCAAGAUCGCUGUGGUCUGGACCAUCUCUAUAGGCAUCUCCAUGCCUAUCCCGGUGAUUGGUCUGCACAACCAGGACAAGGUGUUUGUCAACGGCAGCUGUGUGAUGAACGAGGAGCGCUUUAUGCUGGUGGGCUCCUUCGUGGCCUUCUUCAUCCCGCUGGUCAUCAUGGUGGUCACCUACUGCCUGACCAUCCAGGUGUUGCAGCGGCAGGCCACCGUCUUCCUCUACGAGGGCAAGACGUCCUCCUCCCAGCAGCCCUUGAACCCGCCGUCGACGACAUCGUCGGGGCCACCGCCUGGCUCGGCCACGUCGCUGCCGUCGGUGUCCAAGUCGGCGGCGUCCUCCGUGGCUCCGUCGCGACGCAGUAGCCUCAACUGCCUGCGGGGGGCGGUGUCGUCGGGGCCGAGCACCACCACGCCGUGCUCGGACACCAUCUCCAUCAUCCCCAGCUCUGAGGCGCCAUCGCAGCUCAACUCGCCGGCCACCGGACGCGACUCGGCCGGCGGCGGUAGCCACGGCAGCAGCGGCGGCGGUCGCCGGGGCAUGAUGCAGGCCAUCAAGAACGAGCGCCGCGCCUCCAAGGUCCUGGGCGUGGUCUUCUUCCUCUUCCUGGUCAUGUGGUGCCCGUUCUUCGUCACCAACGUGCUCUUCGUCCUCUGCCACCAGUCGUGCAGCCGCCAGCUGCUGGAGGAGCUGCUCAAGGUCUUCGUGUGGGUGGGCUACAUCUCGUCCGGCGUCAACCCGCUCGUCUACACACUCUUCAACAAGACGUACCGCCGCGCCUUCUCACGCUACCUGCGCUGCCGCUACCGGCCCUCGGGGGCCAACGGCGGCGGAGCGCUGCUCAAGCCCGUGCCGCUGCACGUGGUGCCGUGCCCCCCCUCCUCGCAUGCCGUCACGCCCGUGCUACUCGCCAAGGGACACGGCGGAGGGGGGGAGGGGGCAGGGGUGGGGACCGCGGUGGACCGUAACAGCAACUGUAAAAACGGCGACGGGAGCGCACUCCGGAACCUCGAGCUGGACCGCACGGACGAUGAUGGCGUGGAGACGGGGCUCAAGGUCGGGCCGCUCUCCCAGCUGUCCGUCAACAGCUGCCACGCCCCCAGACAGGACACCAGCAGCGUCUGAUUGGUUGGUUUGGGCUUUUUUUGCAGUGAGGUGCAGGAACAGCAUUGUGGGAUUCCAUGGCAAUGAAGCAGAUUCCCAUAAUUCCACACACAGGCUUCAGGAUAUGAGUGUACAUGCUGGAUGGCAGCCUCUAAUACAGGGGACGCUGGCUGCUUCUGAGUGGAACCAGUCUGUAGACGGACCACACAUUAAACGACACAGACACAGACACAGACACAGACAGACAGGUGUUCUCAUUUCAUGCAUCAGGGACGAACAGAUGUACUAAAUUCACUAACUCUCAUACCUCCUUUGUGAAUAUUCUUUAUAACAAAUCAGCAUAUUUAUGUUGAGGCUUUUAGCAAGACAAACUGGCACUUGUUUCAGUGACCACAAGUUCAUGUUUUACAUGCAAAAAAUGUAUGUGAAUUGAAGUGAUGAUGCAUGACUCGAAAACGUUUGUAUUGAUUUUAUUUUUCUUUCAUUGGAGAUGUUGCGUAUAGAAGGCAACGAAUUUGAAUGGAGUCAAACGGCCAUCUGGUGGCUGAUUUUGGAAGUGAACUUAAAAAAAUACUAAAUGAACAACUGUUGAUCAAAUUAGUAAUGAAUGCCUACUUAUUCAACUGAAGCCAGCAACACUCGCAUUUUCAAUAUAAAGAUACAUUUUAUUUUCAAGCAAUUCCCCGUUCCGGGACAUAAGUAAUGACCAAUGUGUCAGUAUUUUCUAUUAACUAAACUAAACGUCCAUUAUGACCAGGCUUUUUGUAAACUGGAUUAGACAUAUAUUAUAUUUAUCCAAUUGAACCAUCCCAGGCUGACGUUCAAAUAGACGCAUCAUCCAUUGAACACUAUACCAUCAGACCAUAAGCCUACUUCGCAGCAAGAUGGUCAACAACUUAUCAUGCUCUGCUUCCUUCAGGCCAUCUUCGAAAUCUUGAAAGUAGAAACGUUAUUCAUGAUGUAAACACGUUCAAAUUAGAUACACUUAUAGUAGUGUGUGCCACUACAAUGUGUACCAACGUUAAGAUGAAUUCAGAUGAAAGGGAGCUUCAUGCUGGCUCUUAAUCUGUGUCUACGGGCUUGACUGGCAUUGGCAUUAAAAGUAACCGGCAGAGACGCAUAACGGAAUGUAAUUCAAACUUUGAUUCCUCUUAGCAUUCAGCGGCAGAUCAAAGUGUAGCACGGCUAAUCUUAUGGAAUGUGGUGUGAUAUUGACGUUAAGAACUCCCUGCGCUUAGAUCGCAGCGGGUGGGGGACACGGCGAAGUCGAGUCCAAACAAAGGCGUGGUGGACAUUUCAAAGCUCUUUGAAUCAACUUUAGCCAUUGAAUUAUACAUCAGAAGUGAACACAGACCAGAUGAAUUGCACGUUAUGAAUGUAGUAGAGCUCUAUUUUCUUUCCUUUUCUGUUUUGGCCGUGGCCGAGUAGACAACCCUUGUAAGGGAGAUGUGUGUUGGCCAUAGACAACCAAAAGACAGGUGUUGAACACAUUUGUAUUGUUAUUUUUCAGACAAACUCAUUGCAGUAUACCAUGCAGUCAAUGUUAUAACGUAAAUAUCUGUGUGUAGAGUUAGCAACAUGUCUGUAUAUCUUGUCUAAAAUGCCAUUUUUAUACCAUUACCUGUGUGUGUUUGUCUGACACACCUACUUUGUUUAGGCUACUCGAGUAUCUCAUUGUUGUGAUGCUGCUAUUUAUUUAUUAAAACGUCCUUGUGUGUGCAUCA